GCAGGCUGCAAACAGCAGACGCGACCAGCGGAUUGCAGAGUGAGCAGCACAUCGCUUUUGCAGUCUGCCUGUGGCGAGAGCUGCUUGUUAUAAGUACAGCACAGGAGACAGUACGGCUAUGUAAAAGAUCUCCACACAGUCAGUACAAAGUGUGGUGGGGAAGGGGACUUUGUUAACAAAGUCUCAAACUACUGAAAGUUAAAAGUAAAGGACUAAUAAAUCUUUUGGUAUCCCUCUUUCCCUGGGUCUCUCUUUAAUCGUCACUUCCACUCUGAAGCACACAGUCACAUCCGGCACCCGGGAAAACACGGAGACAGCCAGAGAUAAGCGGACACCUCUCCUGACUAAGAGGCACCGCAGCAGUUUUGUUCCAACUAGCGCCGGAGAGCUGUACAGAAUGAGCCCGAGAGUCACGCGAUAUGUAACUGGCAGCUCACCCUACUUGGGGACAGCCUACUAACUGUGGCACUGGCUGAUCCUGUCACUCCAGUUCUAAGGAAUAGUAUCCUCUGCUCUGUGGCAUGUGACUAACACCACAACACUUCGUUUCCUCAUAGAUCUCCACUGCUGGCAUGCCAGUCUUCUGUCCCUCUCGCAAGAAGCUGCUAAUAAUGUUUUUUAUACCAAACAGAGUCGCUGCUUAAGAAGAUGGAAGUACUUUACAACACCAACAAAUCUGGCUUAAAAUCGUAUUAUUUCGACUAAACUGUGACCAUGGUUUUUUUUUAUUGACAACCACUGAUUUAAAUUUUUAAAGCUAUAUGUAUAGGCUAUAUAUGUAGGACAUUUGCUCUAUAUUUGUUAUUACAGCAUUAGGAGAUGAACGGAUUUUCCAUUAAGGAUCUGUGCUGCGUUUUUUGUUGCCCGCCAUGUCCUGGUACAAUUGCUGCAAAACUGGCCUUUGUGCCCCCUCAGCCCACCUAUGCUAUAAUACCAGAGCCAGAUGCCCUGCCUGCUGGAGGAAAUGGACGAGUUGGAACUGGAGUCCCUGGGAGAUGGAAACUACAGCUCACAGAACGUGCAGAUUUUCAGUACACUCAGCGGGAAUUGGACAGCAUAGAUGUUUUUAUGACCAAGAGCAGCCGGGGAAAUAGGAUUGCCUGCAUGUACAUCCGUUGUGCACCUGGUGCUAGGUUCACCCUUCUAUUUUCACAUGGGAAUGCUGUGGAUUUGGGACAGAUGACCAGCUUUUAUUUAGACCUGGGUACUCGUAUCAACUGCAAUAUAUUUUCUUAUGAUUACUCGGGAUACGGGUGUAGUUCUGGAAGGCCUUCUGAAAAGAACUUGUAUGCUGACAUUGAUGCAGCAUGGCAUGCUCUGCGGACAAGGUAUGGAAUCAGUCCAGAAAACAUCCUUCUUUACGGGCAAAGUAUUGGCACUGUCCCAGCUGUGGAUUUAGCAUCCCGUUAUGAAUGUGCUGCUGUUAUCCUGCAUUCAGCUCUGACGUCUGGUAUGCGGGUCGUCUUGCCUGACACUAAGAAAACCUACUGUUUUGAUGCCUUUCCAAAUAUUGAAAAAGUGUCAAAGAUAACUUCCCCGGUACUGAUAAUGCAUGGGACAGAAGAUGAAGUCAUUGACUUUUCGCAUGGCUUGGCACUGUAUGAACGAUGUCCCAAGACAGUGGAGCCUCUGUGGGUAGAGGGAGCUGGACAUAAUGACAUAGAACAAUACAGUCAAUACUUGGAACGUCUAAAACGUUUUAUCACGCAAGAGUUGGUUUCUCAAAACAGUAACUGAUGUUUUCUCAGUUCUCCCUAUUUUGAUUAAUCCCAAAAACAGACUUUCCAACUUUAUGAUCUCUGUAUCAACAUUUUCUGGUCACAACAUUGAUGUUUUCUCUAAAUAAAAGAAAAAUGAAAAAAGCAUCCAGUUUUCCACCUUUGUCCAAAUACAGUAAUGGUAACACUGUUAGGACCUGAUGAAAACUGAUUAUAUUUAUUUUAACCCCCUUCAAUAUGACCUUUAAGGAAAAUAAUUCAGUAUAAAAAUAAAAACUGGGUAAAUAUAUAGGCUGUGCAAAAUAAAUUGU